UUAGCCGUCGCCCGCCGGAGCUGCCCCACAUCAGCUGCCGUGUGCUUUUCCCUUUUGGUGAAAAUCAACAAUGGGCCAAACUAGCGGCAACUAAGUGCGGCUAUAAUCCUAACAGCUAGAUUAAAUAGACUCUUUGUCAAGAUGUAUGGGCUGCUGUUGGAGAAUUUAUCCGAGUACAUCAAGUCAGUGUACGGCGAGGAGAAAUGGGAGGACAUCAGACGGCAGGCGGGCAUCGACUCGCCAUCAUUCAGCGUGCAUCAGGUGUAUCCCGAGAAUCUGCUGCAAAAGCUGGCUAAGAAGGCGCAAACUGUGCUUGGCGUUUCCGAGCGCGAAUUUAUGGAUCGUCUGGGCGUCUACUUUGUUGGCUUUGUGGGUCAAUAUGGCUACGAUCGCGUUCUGUCGGUGCUGGGACGGCACAUGCGUGACUUUCUGAAUGGUCUGGACAAUCUGCAUGAGUACCUUAAGUUCUCGUAUCCUCGCAUGCGCGCACCCAGCUUUAUAUGCGAAAACGAGACCAAACAGGGCCUCACGCUGCACUAUCGAUCGAAGAGGAGGGGCUUUGUGUACUACACAAUGGGACAGAUCCGGGAGGUGGCACGCUAUUUCUACCACAAGGAGAUGCACAUUGAGCUGGUGCGCGAGGAGAUUUUAUUCGAUACGGUGCACGUGACUUUUCAGCUGACAUUCGAUAACCGGGCUUUCACACUCGCCUCCCUGGCCAUGACGCGCGAGGAGAAGCAUUUACCCAUCAGCGCACACGUCCUCUUUGAGAUAUUUCCAUUUUGCAUCGUGUUUGGCGCUGACAUGGUUGUGCGCAGCAUUGGCAACUCCCUGAUGGUCAUAUUGCCGGAGCUAUUAGGCAAGAAGAUUACAGCCUGGUUCGACUUGGUGCGCCCGCUAAUUGCAUUCAAGUUUCAAACCAUACUUAAUCGCACCAACAACAUAUUCGAGCUGGUUACCGUGGAUCCGGUUACAGAGCGUUUGGAUGCACAGAACGAGGACUUGCUGCUGCACGACGAUGGCAGCGAGCCGGAGAAAUCCCUCCGGCUAAAAGGGCAAAUGGUUUAUAUGGAAAACUGGCGCAUGAUCAUGUUCCUGGGCACCCCAGUGAUGCCCGAUCUGACCUCGCUGAUCACAACUGGUCUCUACAUAAACGAUCUGUCCAUGCACGAUUUUAGCAGAGAUCUCAUGUUGGCGGGCACACAACAGUCCGUAGAGCUGAAACUGGCGUUGGAUCAGGAGCAACAGAAGUCCAAGAAACUGGAAGAGUCCAUGCGCAAACUGGAUGAGGAAAUGCGGCGCACCGAUGAGCUUCUCUAUCAAAUGAUACCCAAACAGGUGGCGGAUCGUUUAAGACGCGGCGAGAAUCCCAUAGAUACGUGUGAGAUGUUUGACAGUGUGUCCAUAUUAUUUUCGGACAUCGUCACGUUCACGGAGAUUUGCAGUCGAAUUACGCCCAUGGAAGUGGUAUCGAUGCUGAAUGCCAUGUACUCAAUUUUCGAUACGCUCACGGAGCGCAAUUCUGUGUACAAAGUUGAAACUAUUGGUGAUGCCUAUAUGGUGGUGGCUGGAGCACCGGAUAAGGAUGCGAAUCAUGCCGAGCGAGUCUGUGAUAUGGCCCUGGAUAUGGUCGACGCCAUAACCGAUCUGAAGGAUCCUUCCACGGGACAGCAUUUGAGAAUACGUGUGGGCGUUCACUCGGGCGCCGUCGUCGCCGGUAUUGUGGGCUUAAAGAUGCCACGUUAUUGUCUGUUUGGCGAUAGUGUUAAUACCGCCUCCAGAAUGGAGUCCACCAGUAUUGCCAUGAAGGUGCACAUAUCGGAGUCGACCAAGGUGCUGAUUGGACCGAGCUAUAAAAUACUCGAGCGCGGCGAGAUCGAUGUCAAGGGCAAAGGCACCAUGAAGACCUACUGGCUGGAGGAGCGUGAGAAUCGCCUACCGCUACAGCUAACCGCUGGACUACAGUUGCAUCCGAUGUCCGCUGCACCGCCGCUAACACCCAUGCCCAAGGCCAUUUUGCCGGCGCCUAAGCCACAGCCACCGAUAGCACCGAUAGCACCGCCGCCAGCUGAGCCGCCGCCGGCGGCCAUGUCAAAUGUGGUGCUGGGUGCCAGCGGUGCACUGGUUGCUGCCACUUCAAUGGCUCAUCAUGCACCAGCUGCAGCAACAGCAGCCACGGCAGUCACAGCAGCGGCAGCAACCGAUGAGCGCAGCAGUCGCAUCUACUCGCCGGUAACCUUCAAGGAUGUGGCGAGGAGAAGCAUUGCCAACUCGCCAGUGCGAAGCAGUGCUGGCACUGGCUUUUUGCCAGAGCAAAAUAAGCGGCGCGAAUCCCGCUCCAAUUCCACUGGUCACGUUUUCAUGCGCUCGCCCAGCGACAUCUUCGGCUCGCUUAUAUUGGACACUGAGGAGUUUCUGGAGGAUUUACAAAUCUCGCGCGGCCCAUUGGCCAACAGCAGCAACAGCGGCAAAAAUAGCUGUCAAUCGCCAUGUGGAUUUAGCCCAACGCCACCAUUUCGCAUUGGCAGCGCUCCGCACAAGCCACGCCCCAGUAAUCCCGACAAGUUUACGCCCGAGGAACUAGCCGCCAUGGAUCAGCUGACGCCACCUUCGACUGCACCGCCGCGGGAGUCGGCCAGCUGCAGCAGCGCCAGCAUGAUGCCAUCCACAUCUAAUGCCUCGUUGGAGCGGGAGAGGAGCAUGAAGUUGAACACCACCCGGGAGGCGGUUAAGACACCGCCGACAGCGCCAGUCGCAUUAAUCGCUACCACAUCCAAGGAGAACUGUGCAGCUCCACCUGCUGCUGUUGCUGCUGCUGCUGCAGUUGCUGCACCAACUCUUGGAGUUUGCCCCAUGCACCGGGGCAAGCCGCCGUCGACUUUGGUCGGCACAGCAUCAGCUGUGGUGCAGGCAACCGGCAGCAACAGCCGACCUGUGUCUAAGGAUUCCAUGACAUCCGUUUCUCUGCAUUCACCACCGCCGCAUCGUUCCAAUUCCGCGCCGGCCAGACCCCACUCCAUGUCCAAGGCGGCGCGCAAGGCUUUUCUGGCCGCCAAGCAAACUAAGGCCAUGGAGAAACUGGACAAGAUGAUUGAAGAAGCGCAUGAAAUUGAAUCUCAAUCGGCGGCCAAGGCGGCUAAUAUGCGCCUCGCCAUUUUUGGCCACGAUGGUGGUGACGAUGAGCUAGCAGCUGGUGGUUGUCCAUUAUUUCUGCCACCACCACCGCCGCCGCAGGUCUUGAGUCGUGCCAUGCCCAGCUCCAUAUCCGACUCGAGCAUUUGUAACCAUGGUCACAGCCAUGCGCCCAGCUGUCAUCAUCCGCUGCACGAGCCCAAGAUGAGCAACAGCCAGAGCUUCCAGCACGCCCGCAGCUCCGGUCCCAUCUCACAUCAGUGCUGCAGCGGCUUUAGUCACGGCAAUGGACGACACUCGCAUCGCAUGCACUCGAAUGCUUGUACCGUACUAUAAAUGAGCUGGGAUGGCAAAUGGGAUUGGCAUUCGAAAUCUUAGCAUGCCCCUUGAGUCACAUCGUCUAUAUCUCAAUGUUCUCACGCGCUUCUCUUGGAGUAUAGUCAGCAAUUAUUAGAUCUUAAAUUGUAGUUAGAUGUUGAUUCUCAUACAUAUAUAUAUGUAGCAUGUGUAUCUACAGGUACUAUUUAUAUACAUAUAUUUAACUAUAGUUAGUUGAAAGGCUUUGUUGUCCAUGUCUAUUAGAAGAAAACAAAAAAAAAAACACUGUUUAAACUGUUAAAAUCGAAUAGUUCUAUUUCUACAUAUAUUGCUUAUAAAUGUACCUUGAUAAAUAUUCGACAUAAGCUACAAAUUUCUGGACCUCUCGAAAAGUGACAAUACCAAAAAAAAACAUUUUUAAAUUAAGUUAAGGCUUAACACAUCCUGGCACCACCUGAGGCACACAUAUAGACAUAAAUGUGCUCAAAUAAACUGUAUACCUUUAUUUAUAUGGACUUAACCGUAUUAUAUAAUCAGCAUACUGUCAAAAUGCCUGAUUAUUUUUCUAAAUUGAAAAUGAAAUGAAAAGUCGGAACAAGUGCGGUGGUUAAAAUUGAUUAAAAGUUUAUAUUUGUAUUUCCAGAAAUACAAUAUUUGUAUUUGGCUGAAGUUGAAAACCUCGCAGCCAAUCAUAAAUUGUUAUUUUCAAUAAAUAUAUAACACGAGAAUUGAAACGGAACAAAUGCUUAGGGAAUUGUCUAAAUUUGGUUCCGUUACUUAAAUUUUAGUUUUUUUAAUUGUUAGGCAGGUUUAAAAAUUCUAUAACUUAGGAAUUGGUUAUCAAAAAAAGUUUGAUUUCGAUACAUUAACCAAACCACCAGCUCCUUAACAAAGUGAAUUUAAAUAGUUGUAAUAUCUUAUAAUGUUGACAUAAAUUAUCGUACUUAAAUAGACGUUCCACUAAUUGUUAUCAAUUUUAAAUGCAAACUAUUUUGGAAAUAGUUUUUCAGCUUAAACAUAAAUAUAAAUGCACUUGCUUGGAGU